AUUUUAUUGUUUUUAUUCUAUUAUAUAAACAAUUGCUAAAAUGGCGGAGCAUGACAAAACAUUUAUAAAUAUAUUCUAAAUCUUACACCAUCUAAAACAAAACAAUAGCACAUUGGUGUGGACACCCACAAUAUGGUAUACAUUCAAUGUGGCUUACAGCUGUCAAACAGAAAACCAGACAUGUAGAUCGAUUAUGGUGCUGACGUGAAUUAUACAUAACCAUUGAGGCCAACAUGUUUAAGGACUAUUCACAUAUCAUCUCAAAGUCAGUAAAACCCAUGUGCACAAAUCAGUGAACCCAUGCCGCAUGCUACAAAUUUACUGAAUACUGAUUACUGAAGCCAUGCCACACGGUACAGAAAACAAGAUUUGCCAAACAGUAACAAAAAGGUGUUUCCUGUACCAACACUUUCUUACCCUCAAAUCCCAAGUAUAUAGACCACAAACACAACUUCUGUCCAAUUUCGGAGUCUCCAUCUUUAUCCAUAACGACUGUUAACCCACAGCAAGCCAGUACUAUUUCUCCGAAUUGUAACAAACAACAAAUCAGUUGUAAUCAAGUCGCUGUAAGAAGAACAGCGAAGCAAUGGCAAAUGAAGGAAAUCCAAGACCGACGUUGAUCCGAAACAUAAGACCCUUUUCCCUGACUUUGAAGGUUAGAGUUCGAGUGUCCAGAAUGUGGAGACCAAGAAGAUUCCAAAGUGACAUAUACGACGGCCUCCACUAUCUUCUAAUUGAUGAAAUGGGAGAUACAAUCCAUGCCAAGAUUGAUGAAUCUGAUUAUCCUCAUAUUGCCAACACAAUGCAACAAGGAGGAAUAUAUGACAUCUCUGUGUUUCAUACACGAAGGGAUCCUUCCAAAUGCAAAGUUGCAAAUCAUGAAGUCCAGCUGUGUUUCAACGAAUCAACAAAAUUUGAACUGGUUGAAAACGUUGUCCCUCCAAUCCCAGAAUAUUCAUUCCACCUUCUUGAGUUCAAUGAAUUAGCACCACAGGUUCAACAGCAACCACUGCUCAUAGAUAUCUAUGGCUGCAUCAAAUCAGCCACUCCGGAAUACCAAGUCCCUAUAAAAGACACAGACAAGAUGGAAUCAAAGCUUGAACUCAUUGUUGAAAACCUAAGGAGGGAAGAUCUCAAAAUAUUUCUAUGGGGUGACGCUGCAAGAAAAUUCAAUCUGGACAGUAUUGGAGCAUCAGGUUCAGCAAUACUUGCUCUGAUCACAAGCUUAAGAGUGACAAAAUUCAGACAACAAAUUCAAGCAUCAAGUACAACUCACUCUUGCAUACUGAUAAACCCACAAAUUCAACAAACACAGGAAUACCAAGCUGAGUUCUCCAAGCCAGGAGACAGGGUAAAGACAAUUCCUCCUCCAACCAAGCGAUUAACACCAGAACAAGCCAAACAACAAACAACAAUGACAGUCUCACAACUCAAUGCAUUGGAUCCAGAUGUAUAUACGGAGGUCUACUGUACGGCUUCUAUCCGUAGAUUCUCCAUGCAUAGUGGUUGGUGGUACAAGGGUUGCUCAAGUUGUCAUAAACAGCUCAAAAAAAGAGAGGAUGCCACUGCAUUAAGCUGUAUUGACCAUGACACACAGAUUCCUCUUCCAUGGUAUAGAGUGGAGAUGACAAUUUAUGACAAAACUAAUCAAGCUACAGUCAUGAUCAUGGGAACAGAAGCAGAGCAACUGUUUGGGAUCAGCUGUAAAAAUUUGGUUAACAAACGAUUCUACCCCACACAUGAAACUGUACCAGAAGAAAUGGAAAAAGUUAUUGACCAAACCUACCUAUUUCUGAUAAAGGUGAACUCUUAUGGUCAAUUGCUGGUAACAAACAUCUUCCCAAAUGACCAAGCUGCUCCAUCAUCAACACAAGCUGAACCAAAUACUGCCACACCAGAUCGCCUCUCAUAUCAAAGAAAGAGAAUGACUGAAGGAAGCAGCAGAGCAUUGUUCAUUUCAGAUUCUGAAAAAAGGAUGAAGAGUGAUGCGCAGAACAAGCACACUACCACAGUAGUGUCCUCAUCAACAUCAUUAUUCCCAGAGAAAGAACAAUAUGAAAAAAAAACCGACUGAGUGAACCUAUUUCACUCUCUUUUGUAUCUUUUUGGACACGCAACAGAGUGAUCAGUUUUCAAUGCAUCUGAAUGAAUGUCAUUCACUGCAUUUUGUUUAUCUGCAACUAUUGUAAUUUAACUUUUUGGACAAAUGCAGCAAACUGAUCAGUCAAAAUCCUUUGUACGAUUGGAGUAAUUGCUAGACUAAGUUACAAAACUAGCAAUUUUUGUUAUAACUCCAAUUAAGCAAAGUUGAAACUCAAUGUAAUAUAUGUCUGUAAAAUGUCUUUUACUCUUCGAACAAUGUAUGACACAUUAUAUUUCUGAUUUCAUUCCUUUAAUUUCAUUGCACUGUUUAUUUUAAAUUUUGUUUAUAUAUUUUCAAGUUACAAAUAUUGAUAUUCCAUUCUGUUCCAUUCUUCUCUCUACAACAGUCUAAUAUAUUCAUCAUUCAUCACAUCAUCUGUUUCCAUAUCUACUCAUUUAAAACUAACCAUCAAAUUCAAUUAUAUACCUUUGUUUUUAUAUAUCCAAUGCACUCAUUCACUCAUAGCAAUCUCUAAACAACACUUUGCUGACAUUCUAACCAUUUAUUGCAGCAUGAUUGAAAAUUCUAAUUCAAUUCUUUUUGUAACACACAUUACUUAAUCAUUAUUACAUAAAUUUUCAGAUUCAGCUUUUCAUAAUGAUGGAUUCUGUGCUCCAAGCUACUA